UGCAGGAGUGCAGGUGUUCCUUGAACAUUGAGUACUUAAUUGCAAAGGAUGUUUCACACUUGCUACAGCCUCUUAGAGACUAUAGUGUCACCAGAAGGUCAUGUCUGUUCCUUCUAAAGGUAUAUUAAGUCACGUUGAUAGUGAGGGCCAGUUGCAAAAUGCCAACACUGCAAGAUCAAGGAAAUCAUCCAGAAUAAUGGCACUAAGAAGAGCUCAGACUGCUCUUGCUUUGUUAGAGAAACAGCUUUGGUAUGUUGGGCCAGUUAGUGAGAGAAAAGCUGAAGAAAUCUUAACCAAACUUGGAUCACUUGGUAGUUUCCUGUUAAGAGACUCACUGCUACCAGAGGCAGACUAUGUCCUCUCAGUCCUUGGGGUUGAAGGACAAAUUGUUCACUUUCCGGUUGUUCUUUCUGAGGAGAACUCAUGCACAGUCAAUAAUUAUAGGUUUGAUGACAUUCCAACUGCAGUAACUUUCUACUGUGACAACAGACUAGCAGGAGUAUUCCUACAGCCACCAACUAGUCCAAUAAUCAAGGAAUCUGAUGUUUCAAGAGCUUGCCCAAUUGUACGUUCUGUUCAGUUCCCUAAACCACUUACCACAACAUCAGGAUUUACGCCCAAUCACAAUCAGCAGCAGCCGUCAUCUUAUUCUUCGCUAAGGCAGGAUCAGUUCAAUGGUAAAGGAUACAGAGAGAAUGGGCCUACAGGAGUCAAAUCAGUGCUUCACGAGAGAAAGGUGAAAUUUGAUAGUCAGGAGUCAUGGAUUAGCACCACCACUAGUUAUGAAGAAGAGGAAGCAACCAGUAGCCCACCACCUCCUCCUGUCAUUAGGUAUCAGACUAGUGAAGGAUCCAUUUAUGCCUUACCUCAUAAAGUGUCUUCAAAAUUGAGUCAAAAGGGAGGAGAAGGAACCAAGUCUUCUCGGAAUAAAACUUAUGGAUCCUUCAGUGAUAAAUCAAGUGAUAAAGAAUUUGGUCAAAAGAAAGCAUUAUUUGAGCACUUGGUGCAGACACAAGAGUCCAUACCAACCCAACCAGUAACUGAAACUAAACAACCAAAGACACUGAAAAGGAAAGACAGCAAGAGCAAUGCUCCCUUCCCUCCUCCUCCUCCUCCUCCUCCACCUCCUCCUCCUCCUCCAUUUAAACCAAAACCAAAGAGGACAUAUGAGAGGAAGCCUGAGCCUUUUCAAGAACGGGAUUUCACACCUCCUUGGAGUCCCCAUGGUCCAAUGAUUGCCAUUCCAACUGCAAUACUAGCUGGCAUAAUGUCUAUGAAAGCAAUGACACCUGAAGAUGACGAGGAGCAUCCUCUUUUACACUCGCCUCGUCCCUUCCUUGACCACGAGGAAGGGAGACAAAUGACCCCUCCAUUCACGGGCUCCACACCACCCAUCCCACCACAGAGGAUUGAGAGCGCACAGUGCGGGAGCUUGAAAAGGAAGUCUAUAUACAACAGCAUGGACAGCAUCCUGGAGUUAGACAAAGGAGGGUCUAAUGGAGGUGCCCUUGUACGAAAAGGUUCUUUUACAUCACUCACAAGUUCACCAAGUCUUGGGGUUGAGGGAGGAGCUAGUGCAGGAGCUUUGAAUCGCUUUAUGAAUUUCUUUAGAAGAAAAUGAUUUACAUAAUAAAUUAAUAGUUACUCCAGGUGUGUGUGUGUGUGAGUGCUAAUGUACACAUACAUUAUUAGUUAAUAGUACAUUCAUCAAUUGAUUGUUAAGAUGUAUAUUUGAACAAUAGAAUACAGUUAUCUUUUUGUCAU